AUGAAAUUUCCAGCCAUCUGCAAGAAGUCCAAAGCCAAAGGGUCUUGGAAACUAUCUCUUUUCAAUCCCUUGAAAGCCAUUUCCUUCAUAUCCAAGCCCAAAACCCUGAAGCAUUCAACCUCUUGGUCUCAGUUGUCUAAAGAUUCCGGCGAGCUGCUCGAUGUGGCUAUCGAGGCGCUCCGAUCGAACCGGCUGUUCUUCGAGCCCGAUACCACCAGUUCGAUACUGGAGGCAGCCAGGUUCCCUUUCAAGGACUGUGUGGCAUUGGCGUUAGAAACGGUGGAUCCUUACAUGGAUUUUAGAGUUUCAAUGGAAGAGAUAGUGGAGGCUUGUGAACUGAAGGAACAGGAACAUCUAGAGGAGUUAUUGGGAUGGUACUUGAAGAUGAAUAGAAAGAAGAAUCAUGGGUUUAUAGUUGGAGCUUUUAUUGACAUGUUUGUUAGUGUAAAUUCUUCUUCUUCUUGUUCUUCUUCUUCUUCUUCUUGUUUUAUCUCUGUCUCUUCUUCAGCUUCUGCCAUGAAAGCGUUCCAUCACCUGAGCUGA